CUUGACUCGUCGUUUUCACAAGGUUGAGCCCCGUACUUCACAUUACGAAACGACUCGUCGUCUUCCUAAAGCUUCCCCGCUUAAUCACUGGAGUCUGGAGCUCCGUUCGCUGUGAUUGGCGUUCUAUUCGGAAUCGUUGAGAGAGAGAGAGAGAGAGAGACAGAAUGGCCGAAGAAUCUGUCCGUCCGAUUAGGCUAAUGAGCUUCGUCUCGGAGGAACAGUUGGAUGAAUCCAAGAAGACAAGGGGCGAGCGCAUUGAGGAUGGCACUGCCCAAAGAGAUAGACCCCUCUUUGAGAUUCUAAAGGAGAACAAAGACAAGCGAGAUGCAGAAUUUAAUGAACGCUUCAAGCACAGACCACCCAAAGCUUUGGAUGAAGAUGAGACUGAGUUUCUUGAGAACUUGGAAAUGUCAAGGAGGGAAUACGAACGUCAAAUAGCAGAUGAGGAAGCCCAAGAGCUGCACAGUUUCCAGGUAAAUUUCUUACUGUUUCAUAUUUUUUUUUGAUAAGUAAUGAGAAUA